CCCCCAUUUCUCAUUUUAAUUUGUCUUUGAAGAUGGGAUGUGGUCACGGCUUCAUUUUCUUGGUUUUUUUCUUGAUUUUGAGCACAACCCAACUGAGAUUCAAGGUUGAAGGUAGACCAGAUCCUAAAACUGAUAGCUUUGCCCAGGCAGUGAAUGAAGACAAAGUGGUGUUGAGGGGUCGGAUAGGUUCAAGACCUCCAAGGUGUGAGAGAAGGUGCAGCUCCUGUGACCACUGUGAGGCUAUUCAGGUGCCUACAAAUCCACAAGUCCAUAAUGAGAACAUAAAUUUUACACAUUUCUCGAAUGCUGCAUAUGAAAGAGGAGAGGGGUACUCCAAUUACAAGCCCUUGAGCUGGAAGUGCAAAUGUGGGAACCUCAUCUUCAACCCUUGAUUGUUAAAUAUUCUCCCAUGCAUGUCCCAUUCCCAUUUUUGAAUAUCAUGUAAAUUAAGAAAAUUUUUUUGCUCUCUUUUGUCCCAUUCUCUUGCUUGUGAGAUCAAGAUCAUAUAUAUGAUCUGCAACAUAUAUGAUGUAAUUUCUUGAUUCCUAAUUGUGCACUUCAGAAUUUCUUGGCUUAUAUUUAAGCACUCAUUUCAUACCAAAUCUAGAAAUUAAUCAGUAAAAAGCAGAAAGAUUUUCUUAAAGUAGAGUUUGGUUUUGGCUUAUUUAGUUUUCCCACACUCCAGAAUUGUCCCCAGUUUCAAAAUAAAGGUUGAUGUCCAUC